GCCCUCAAGCAGGCGGCGAUAAAUGGACAUUCGGACAUUCUGUGCGUUUAGUUAAGUUCCAAGGCCUCACCUCAGGCUACAGUUUGUUUUAAAUUUUAUGAUUUGACCCACCAUGGUUCGUCAAAGUAGGUGAAUGCUACGUUCUCGAUACAAUUAAUCCCAUGGCUUCAAAAGUUUUUUGUAAGUGCUCAAAAAUAAGAGUACCAGUAUGGGUGCCGUCAGUGAUGUGUGUACGCACCAUGAAAUCAGUCAACACCCGCACGCCCAGACCCAUGCACAUCACACGGGCCAAGCUGAUGGAGCUGACCAAGUAUAAGAAACCCAAGGACAACAGACUCAUGGCUGAACAGUGCUCCAUGCGGUACAGGCCAAUGCCUGAAAAGAAGCCCAUGGCAGUCCAGACGUUUCUGGCCAACCAGUGCCGGCAGGAGAUGGUCUCACGGUCCCUCGUCGCUGCCUUCCAUCACGAAGGGAUGACGCAGGAGGAGCUGGCCAUCAUGAAGCGUCGGCUGAAGAAGGUGGGCAUCUCCCUCAAGGUGUACAGCAACAAGAUCGUCAGAGAGGCCUUGCUGGGCACUCGCUUGGAGAACAUGAGCCCUCUGCUGGUGGGACAGAACGUGUACGCCGUCAGCGACGAGCCGCUCGUCAAGGAGCUACUCAAGGCAACCAAGAAGAUUCCCAAGAUUCACUUGCUUGGUGGUCUGGUGGAAAACAGACUGAUGUCGGCCAAGCAAAUGACGGAAUUCUCUAAGCUACCAGAAAAAGGCGUGUUACAGGGCGAGCUAGCAGGCAUACUGAGCCAGGCAGUAGGGUCUACGUACAGCUUACUGCAGAGACACCAGCAGGCGCUAGUGACCAAUCUCAGCCAGUGGAUCAAGCAGAGGGAGGAGACUGGUGUAUGACAUCAGCUAGGAUGGGACCAAUCAGAGUGCGCUGUUCCGCCUUUUGCAUAUUCAUAAGCCCUAUCUACUGAUCUCAUUGGUCAUUAUGCAGUGGGGUCAGCAAAGGAGAAAUGGCUAGCCACAGACUCUAAUACCACCAUGGCAUUUUGUGGCUGGAUUCCAAUUGGCUGUUUUGUGGAUGUCACUACAGUUUUGGCCAUUGAC